GCCCCGCCGCCGGCCCCGCCGGCCCCCCGCGCGAGAUGAUGGACGGCCGCCUCCUGGAGCACCCGCAUGCCCAGUUCGGGGGCUCACUGGGUGGCGUGGUGGGCUUCCCCUACCCGCUGGGCCACCACCACGUGUACGAGCUGGCCGGCCACCAGCUGCAGUCGGCCGCCGCCGCCGCCGCCGCCGCCGCCUCGGUACCCUUCUCCAUCGACGGUCUGCUCAGCGGCUCGUGCGCCGCCGCCGCCGCCGCCUCGGUGGUCAACCCCACGCCGCUGCUGCCGGCCGCCUGCGGGGUCGGCGGCGAUAGCCAGCCCUUCAAGCUGUCAGACUCGGGGGACCCGGACAAGGAGAGCCCGGGCUGCAAGCGGCGGCGCACCCGCACCAACUUCACGGGCUGGCAGCUGGAGGAACUGGAGAAGGCGUUCAACGAGAGCCACUAUCCCGACGUGUUCAUGCGCGAGGCGCUGGCGCUGCGCCUGGAUCUGGUUGAGUCCCGAGUUCAGGUCUGGUUCCAAAACCGCCGGGCCAAGUGGAGGAAGAAGGAGAACACGAAGAAGGGCCCUGGGCGGCCGGCGCACAACUCCCAUCCUACCACGUGCAGUGGCGAGCCGAUGGACCCGGAGGAGAUCGCACGCAAGGAACUGGAGAAGAUGGAGAAGAAGAAGCGCAAGCACGAGAAGAAGCUGCUCAAGAGCCAGAGCCGCCACUUGCACUCGCCCGGCGGCCUGUCCCUGCACAGCGCGCCCAGCUCCGACAGCGACAGCGGCGGCGGCGGCCUGUCCCCGGAGCCGCCCGAGCCGCCGCCGCCCGCCGCCGCGGCCAAGGGCCCCGGCGCGCACGCCGCCGGCGCCGCCGGUGCUGCGCCCGCACCGCCCGGCGAGCCGCCCGCUCCCGGCACCUGCGAUCCCGCCUUUUACCCGAGCCAAAGAAGCGGCGCCGGCCCGCAGCCGCGGCUAGGCCGCCCCGCGGACAAGGACGCGACCCCGUGUGCGCCCGGGUCGGCGGCGGCGGCGGCCGAGCGCGGCGCCGCGGGCCCGCCCAAGGCCAGCCCGUUCAGCGUGGAGAGCCUGCUGUCCGACUCGCCGCCGCGCCGGAAAGCGCCCCCCGCCAACGCCGCCGCCGCUGCGGGGCUGGACUUCGCGCCCGGCCUGCCGUGCGCGCCGCGGACCCUCAUCGGCAAGGGCCACUUCCUGCUCUACCCCAUCACGCAGCCGCUCGGCUUCUUGGUGCCGCAGGCCGCGCUCAAGGGCGGCGGGGGUCCCGAGCCCGCGCCCAAGGACGCGCCGCCCGCGCCCGCCGCGCCGCCCGCGCCGCCCGCCCAGGCCAGCUUCGGGGCCUUCCCGGGGCCCGGCGGCGCUCCGGACUCGGCCUUCGCGCGCCGCAGCCCUGACGCCGUCGCCUCCUCGGGGGCCCCGACCCUAGCGCCUUUUCAGGACGCGGCGGCGGCCGCGGCCGAGGGCGGCGGCAGGGACUGCGCAGACGCGGGGGCCGCCUGCCCAGCGGCGCCGCCGCCGCCGCCACCGCUCGCGCUGUCGCCCGGGCCCGGCCCGCGGGCUCCCAGCCCCGCUGCGGAGCCGGCCGUUGGCGGGACCCCCGAAUCGGGCGCCGUAGCCGGACCCAGCGCGCCGGAUGGCGAGGAAGUAGACAUGGACUGAGGGCGGCGGUGGGGCCGAGGGAGGCGCUCAGCCGUCCCCCGGCCGCUCGCUCAGGCUCCGACUCACACAGCGAAAUCAGGUGAUCGGCUUCGAAACACUGCUUUUUCCUCUUUUUUUCUGUUUCCUUCCUUUUAUUUUUAUUUUAUUUUUUUAAAAAAAACGCUGUAUCAAUUCGGACUUAGGCAGCAACCCAGGACUGGGGGUGAGACCCUCCUCCUCUCAAGGGAGCAAAAAAAAAAAAAAAAAGGAAAAAGAAAAGAAAAAAAUUCAUACCCUUACAAAAACUCACAACAAGAAUCCUCAGCCUUGUAAAAUGCAAAAAUGUCUAAAAAUAUUUAUAUAUGUACCAUUUUUGAUAAAUAAAGCUGGUCAAACGCAA